AUGGCGAUUUCUGCAACGAUAUCUGGUGCUCAUGCGAUUCUUCUAGCAACGCAGCUCUGUGCCACUGGCCAUGUCGUUCAUCUGCCACUCCUCCACGCCCAAUUCCCCGGCUAUUUACCCUUGGAACGUCUCUUGCGCAUUAUCUUGACCUUUCUUCCAGAGAGCACAGAACCGCAGGCCUAUACAUCUGUGCUUCAAGAACUAGUGUCUGGUUCCACGACCGAGUCUUCUGAAGGUGAUGUCGACGUUUCGGCCGUCCAAGUCCUUCCCGAGGCUGUUGCGAGGAAACGCGUCCGGAAGCUUCGUCUACUGCCGCUGAGACACCCUGAUGACGAGGAUAGCGAGCCUUCCGACCUCUUGACUCAAUUUCUUAUCCAUCGGUCCCAUCGCAUAGAUUCCGAGACCGGUCUUCAGCCACUCAUCCUUGACCUUCUUCUGCCAUUCUACCAACGCUCGUCCACCGUGCGUACAUGGUUGAUUUCUAGCAUCCUACCGCUCCUCCGAUUGAAUUAUGAGUAUUACCCGAGUCAAGAUGAGACGUUCUCCUUGAAUACAUUAGAGUCGAUGGACGAUGCAACCGCGGUCAACGUUCUGCUGUCUAUGACGAGUCCGAGAAAAGACGAGAUGGACAUCGCGAGGAACCUCCGUGGACUGGUGGGUGCGUGGAUAUAUGGCAGCAAUCGCGCGAAACGACGCAGGCUCAACGAGGCCGCAAAUCAGAGUGCGAUAUCCCUUCCUCAGGACAGCCACCGCCCGAAGACGACAACAGGUGCUAUAUGGCAACAGGUAAAUGAAUGGUUGCUGUCGCAUAGCUUGGUGGAGCAUGAUACUGCAGUCAACGCCUUUGUUCACUGGGAUGGACCUGGGGACGUGGACCUUGGAGGCUACGGAGAGGAGAAGGAUCAACCAACACAGGACGAAUUGACGGAAAUGCGGACUCGUUAUGGCCAGUCAGGCCUUGCCGUUGUGUACGCAAACUCUGAUACGAGCCGUUCGUCUCUGGAGGGCUCAAUGCAGAUUGUGACAAGAGUGGCUCAGUUACUCAACUUUCGGGACUCUGUGUUUGUUGUACACAAGGAUUCCGCACUUCCUUCGGUGACAUUCGAUGCGGGUGAGAUUCCGUCCACGUCAAGAGUCACUUUGUUACAAAAUGCCUUGCUUCUGAGUUCGAAUCCAUUGACGGUUCCGUCUGCUUCGUCGGUCUCAUUCUUGAGCGCACUACUUCUCUCUUUGCAGGUGCUGCAUGAAUUGGGCGUUUCAAUACCCUGCAGGCAAGCUGCAAACCUGGGCCUGCACAGCACCGAGGAUAUGCAAAUUGCAGAACUUCGCAAUACGGUUAGCUCAAUUGCCAAGCAGGCCACUCCUGGUCGUGAUUGGAAGAAGGUUCGUGAACAGCUGCUAUGGCUUCGCAACUGGCAGGGGAAACAGUUUGAACAGACGUUGGAUCCUUCUCCCUGUCACGGACUGUUUUGGAAGGUCUCCCGGGAUACCCUGGAAACAGAAGUGCUGAGAGCCUUGUUGGAAGCCAAAGAAUAUCAACUGGCCGUGGACAUUUACACCAGGUCUGACCCGGCUCCUCUGGAUCCGAACCAGGUCGAACAAACAGUUCAAGACGCUAUCUUUGCAGCGUAUGACAACGCGAGCAACGGCAAUAGGACGCGAGGGGGAAUGAAGAAGGCUUACGAGAUUCUACAAGCAUUCCAACCACAUUUCCCAGCUUCCGUAACCUUGAAACAAAUCCAGGCGCUCAUAGCAGCGACUCACGCUUUGUCGUUCUACUCUCUAACCUUGCAGCAUGGCGUCCCCUUUCAGCCGGUCAGCAUCCGGGUCCACGCUGAUCCUCUCUCCUUGAUUGAAAAGGUACUCGAUCAGAAUCCAAAGAGCUACACAAAACUCGACGAUCUACUUUCCAUUGGACGCAAUCUGGUCGAGGCCGGGCUGCCGACCGGUGCCUCCGAAGACCACGAAUCGCAUUUGGGUGCCACGCCUUCUACGUCGCGGGAAGAUGCGGUGGUCACAGCUGAGCGGCGCGUCAUGUCUCUGGCCAUUUCAUCCGCCCUUUCCUCUAACGACUUUGGCACCGCAUACUCUUACAUCCUCACUCGUCUCACACCCCCUUCACUUUUACCUACCACUUCGCCCCUCACAAAUCCGAACGUCAAAGACGACAUCUCCUGGCGCGCUGUCUACAACGCCGGCCGCUACCGCGCGCCCGUUUCCACCCCUGAGCCGUCCCUGCAAGCCCAGAUCACCCAGCUUUCACAACGCAUGGAGCUCCUUUCUCUAGCGCUCACUCUCGUCCCAUAUCCCGACCCACUCCCAGAGAUUCUCGGCGCAUGGCGUCGCUGCGACGAGGAGAUGAACGUCCUCCGCGCCCAGGAAAGCGCAGAAGAAGAGAUAUGGGACGCCAAGGGCGACAGCCUCUCGACCCUCCCCGGCGGCUUCGGCCCAACGGACACGGAACAAGACGCCUUUGACACCAAGCAGCAACACGCGCGACGUGUCCGCGCCCAACGGCACCGUUCCCACCUCGAAGACGCACCCAUGGGUCUCUUCGAAGUCGCCCGUGGCGCCGCCCUCGCGUUGCAGAAGAACGCCUUCCCCCUACGCGGCGCUGCCUCGGCAGCCGCCGCCUCACCAGACGAAAUGACACCGUCGCGACGAGCGCGCGAAGGCCACGAGGAAUCCAGCCCGCAGUCGCAGGAGGGCCGAGUCCGCAAGAGAGACGUCGUCAGUAACAUGGUGACGGGCGGGCUGGCAAGCGGGAUCGGCUGGGUUCUCGGUGCGCAGCCUGUCAACCGAUCGUAA